UCUUCCACAUGUGUACGAUCGAUUAAAUCCUCCAAAAUCUCACAAAAUGUUUGAUAUGAUAUACUAUAAUUUUUUAUCUUGAUUGAAUUGCAAUGCUGCUGGAUGUUAGUGCCAUUUCAACAGUGAGUCAUUUUUCCUCAGAAAAGGAAAAAAAAAGCCUUAUUGAAUUGCAAGUUAAUAAAUAUUAACAAUACUGUAAUGGAAUUAAUGACACUCUGACAACGUUGAUGUUCUUCUCAACUGCAUUUCAUACGGCAUUUCAACAUCUGUACUAGAACAGCACAGUUCUCAGAUGGUCAGUGACCUGGUGAGCAAAGUUCCAGACUUAUUGACCAACCUGGGCUCCUCUUUAUCAGGGUCAGAGACUCCAUGGACGAGUACCUGAAACGCCUCCGCAAGUAUGUGUGGGAACCAAAACAGGCGCUAGAAGAGACCAACUUCUGGUGCACCCAAAAUAUACAGCCUAAUCAAGACCCUCAUUUGCCCUCCUAAAUCUUGCAAAACACCAUUGUGAGUAAUCCACAUGCCCAAGCUUCUGAAAGUCCUUCUGAUAGUGACCCACCACAGUGCUGACAGUAUCUACCUGAGCGUCAAGCUUUGUCGUCUCUGCUGUUGUGAGCCGUACCUUGUGGAUGAGCCCAGAACUUCAUGGCACAUGGCUUUAUUUCACCAUCGUGCAACAUGGAGUUCCUCAGACAGAGUCCCUGAUGCCUGAGGCCUUUUCCUCAGCGAAGACACGCCGCAUCAUGUUCAGGCUGCUGUCGUCGGGCCCCUGGACCAAAACAUUGACUAUGACACUGAGGGCGAGGGAGACGACCAAUGCACCCAGUCCGACUGCAGUUGGAACAGAUUUAAAAGCAGAUAACGCAGAGCCCAGGUUUCUCACAUAGUCCGGAGCUUUGCUCUCCAGGGAUCUGUGGUCUACCGGGAUCUGUGGUCUUCUAGCACAGCUACUGAAUUCAGUCCUAAAUACGCAGUGAAGGAUUUGUCGAUUGUAAUGUCAGGAUGCUCGGGAUGUAGAGAGCAUGAGAGUCAUUAUGGCUUCAUGCAUUUAAAUUUCUGUUGGAUAACUCUGGCCUCCACCCAUAAUGUAAAGAAAAGAAAUGAGAUUCCUACAAGCAACAAAUCAGAUUCCUACAAGAUUAACUUACCCACAGGUCAUGAUAUUUGGCUUUUUUAUCGUGCCUUUCAUGCAGCUUCUGUCUAACUGAGAUUUGAUUGCAGUUUCCUUGGAACAAUCGAUGUAAAGCUUUGAUGGAAUGGAAGGCGUUUUGUCUUCUUUCCGUGUACCUGCUCAGUAAUCCAAUGCCACUAUAGGGUUUGCUUUAAUACGGACGUCUCAAGUAGUUAAUAGUAGCUGGAAGUAAUAGUAGUAAUAGUAGACGGAAGUCUAAAGCUGUCAGCAGUAGCGGAAUUCGGAUCUGCGUCAGUCUGUCGAGUCGCUAUCACGGUGUACAACGUGCUUUACGGCAACUCCCAGGAUAGGCUGAAGUUCUCCCGUGCCCCAGAAAUAUUCCAUGUUAAAUAUUGCUACAGUUUACGGAUUUACUGUCAGUCAUUCUAAUCAUUCCCACAUUCGGUGCUUUGUUUGUAAUCUGUAUAGCAUCUGCUAGUGUGGGAUGACCUGGGCACAACUCAGACGCCGUCUCCAGGGCUAUCAGCUUUGUUGCGUUUGCCAUUUUAUCCUUCUGCACUACAUCUUUUGGCAGAGUGGCUGGAAUUUCUUUGGGCAUUGUUACAACCUUACCAUUUACCAUCACAGCAGACACACUUAUGUUAAAAAACACCCUAAAUACGUUUAGAACUACAAAUGAACUUUCUUCUGUAGAUUCUUGUUUUUAUAUAUAUAUCACAAUUCCAACCCUCCUCGUUUAUCCGGACUUGGGACCGGCAAAAAUGACCCCAAAGACAUACUCUGGCCGAAUUACUUAUUUUUACCAGGGCAGGGUCAGCCAGCGGCGGUUCAUUUGGUAAACAUCUGUUCUGACUGCAGCUGGGCGGGGCUGCUGCGUCUGUCUGUGAGCCUUUGGGACGGGAGAGGAUCGCACGGCAGCACCCGCUGUUCGGUGAGAAGAGUAAGAACGAUAUGUGCUUCCACUUCAGAGUCUUCAGAAGAAUCCAAUAACACUAGAAAAAAGUCACUAGAUUUGUCGCUAGUCGCUUUCUUGAAAACGAGUCGCUAGAGGGGUCUAAGAAGUCGCUGAGUUGGCAACACGGCGUACAAGUACAGCAGCUCCCAGGAAAGGCUGAAGUUCUCCCGCGCCCCAGAGAGAAGACUUCGCCGUUACCUCUUCAUUAAUCUCCUUUAAUGAUAGUGUCUCCUGCCCACGAUUACGGGUGUGCAUUCAUGACAUUCGAACCACCCCCACACGAAGUUAUUUCAGCUACAAUUUACUUAAUGAGAAACAUACUGGAUUGGCCUGUGCACACUGGUUCGUUAUUGUACUGCUAACUGCUGCAUCGAAGAAGUAAACUUAAUGAAAGACAUCAUCCCUGGCUGUGCUCUGACCAGCACUCUUCUGCGAGCCCCAUCCCUCAACCACAAGUUUAAUCCUCCUACAUUCUAACAAAAGGGAUCACAUUAUUAUUACUUUUCCUCCCCAUUGCAUCUGAGCUCUCUGAUCAUUACCAUGGGUGAGAGUUACAGUAAGGAAAAGGAAGACAUCAUGAUCUCAGGGAUGUUCAGUAUAGCUGAAACAUAUGGUGUGAUUCCUGAUAUUACCAUCGACGGCUCCUUACUCAUGUACUCAGGACUGAAUUCAACAUCUGUACUAGAACAGCACAGUUCUCAGAUGGUCAGUGACCUGGUGAGCAAAGUUCCGAACUAUAUGACCAACCUGGGCUCCUCUUUAUCUGCUUUCGAACUUGUACCAAACGCAGUUGGAUUGGGCGCGUUGAUCAUCUCCUUCCUAUUAGACCUCACGGUCAGUUCUUUGAUCAAGGUUCCCGAGGACAGCCCCCUGAACAUGAUGCAGCGGGUCUUCGCUGAGGAAAAGGCCUCGGGGGUCAGAGACUCCAUGGACGAGUACCUGAAACGCCUCCACAAAUAUGUGUGGGAACCAGAACAGGCGCUAGAAGAGACCAGACGUCUGGAGAAGCAGCUGAGCGAGCAGUUGACCCGUCUGAGGAACUCUAUGCUGAAGGACGGCCAAAUGAGCUCCCGCGCCAUGAAGAUCUGGGUCAACGGCGCAGCGUUCCAUGCUCAGAUGCUAAUCCACGAGGCGCGGCUCAUGAUGGCGGGAUAUGGAUCGAAGGAAGAAAAGAACCUUGAUGUUCGAGUAGCUUCUGUCCACAACAUGGUGAACCACUAUCAAAAGGACUUGGAGGACUUGUUAAAGGAGUACAAGAGCUAUAAGCGCACUAACAUGCACUUGCAGAUAGAAGUGUCAAAGUGUGGGUUUCGUUAUGCGUUUUCUUGCCAGCACCACAUGUGCUAUAUUUAUGACGAAGAGCUUGGAAAGAGUACAAGAAAAAAUCCUAGAACACUCUUCCAUGAUUAUUAUGAGAAAAGCAUUUGUCACGGAUCAUUGGACGCCUACAUCAACUACAUGUUCAGCAACUGGGGCCAGAUAAAAAAGCUGAGCGAGUAUUUUACUGUCCUUAAUACUAACAUAAGGGAACUGAUAACACAAAACAGGAAUUUUACCAUGAAAAAUGUGUAGCAAGCAGAACACAAGCAGAAGUAUCCAUGACCAUGAGCUGUUCAUUUUAAAUAAUGAAUGUUCUUAAUUAGCUGAUUAGUAGAAUGAAGUGUGCUGGGAUCAGGGAGGUCACUAUUCAAUCAGAGCAGGGCUACACCAGAACCAGGACUGGGAAACACUGACCUACAGGUUACAUGUGAUGUGUACCCAGUAACUGAGUGGAAGAUGGACAUUGUAAAUAUUGAAUAUAUUUUAUAUGGAAUUUUUCACAUUAUACUUACUUCAUGAAGAGGAGCAUUAGCCAGGCAGUCCUAACCCAAACACACCAGUGUGUUUAUGGAACAGUAUGAAAUGGGUUGUCACUCUUGAUGUGUAAUCUUUGUGUAAAAUGCACCUUUAUUCAAACGGUAAAGGGUGACCUUUACACCAGGGGUUUGUCUCCACCAUUAUAUCCAUUGUUCUUGUCAGUUGUAUAGUAUUUCAGUGCUGAAAAGAGAGAAUGAAAUAAAGGAAAGGAGAACCGGGAGAAAAGUGCGACCGUUUUGGGGGUAAGUGCCACAAGAGAUUUUUAUUUCCAUGCUCCCAGCUCACAUAUUCCAGGCAGCUUUUUCAGGUCACUUCUUGGAGCCAUUUUGACUUGCACUGUUCACUUUUCGGUCCUUUCUAGCUGAUUGUAAGCACAUGUAGUGUGAGGCCUUCAGAGACACUCUGCUGAUACGCUGACAUCCUUCCACUUAUCUGUAUUUUUCAGUACAGGACUGUCUCAAAAGUGCUAAGAGUGUUGAAGUUUUUGAAAUUUCUAUAUAUACAUGUAAUAAAUCUCUGAAAUAAAUACAUGAAAGCAAGGGCAUUACAGCUAAAGCAGAGCUUACUGACCUGAUGGUUAUGCCGAAUGGCUAAUAAAUGCAGUUUGCAGUUCAGUCAACAGGGCGCUGGGGGUGGGCUGUAGGCCCCUAAUGUGGGUGCACGGGGGUCAAACCCAGCCUGGCACAUCAACUUAGGGUCCGUGUCCAAACUGCUCUUACACAAUAACUGUAAAUAUUCAACCUUGUAAAUAUUCAACCACUCUUCCAAACUUUGAUACACUGUGCACAAUCGAUUAAAUCCUCCAAAAACUCAGAAAAUGUUUGUUACAAUAUACAAUAAAUUUUAUUUUGAUGGAACUGAAAGUUAAUAAGUACUUACAACACUAUAAUGAAAUUAACCCCACUCUGACUACACUGAUGUUUAUCUGAACUACAUUUCAUUGCAGAAAUCAAACAUUUGUAAAGAAAGGAAAAUAAUCCUAAAUAUGUGUUCUGUUCAAAAUGUUUAUUCCCAAAUGAGGAUCUUUUCACAUUUUAUUACCAAUAAAAGGAAGUCUUGUUUUCACCUGAGUAGCAUUUAAUGGACAGUAUUAAAACACACACACAGGCACGCACACACACGCAGACACACAUGCACACACACACACACACACACACAUGCACACACGGGCAUACACCACUUCCAUUGGGAGUUAAUUUUUGACAAGUUUAGGUAACCACUGUUGUACUGUGGUCAUGGUCAUAAUUUAAACAUGGACUUUGCAUGAUCAAACACAUUUGCACAGCACUGGGUUGCUAUAUUAGAUCCUAAUGUAUAGUUCAUGUCCCAUUCCAGCCACAUCUUCAUCUGCGUUUGUACCAGCUUGAAUUCUCAUAUUUUCACCAUGGGUGGGAGACAGUCUAUGUCUAAUGAAGAAGUAGAGACGUUUGUCACCAAUUUGUUAAUAGGAGUUGAGACCGUUUUAAAAGACAGUGGCCUUCUGCCUGAUAUUGGCAUUGAUGGGUCCUUGACAAAGUAUUCUGGAUUGGAUUCAACAGAUGUACUUCAAGACUACAGUUCUCAAGUCGUUAGCCACCUGCAGAUCAAAGGUCCAGACUACAUAAAUAGUCUGGGGUCUGCUUUAGCCCCCUUAACAAAUGUACCGAACGCUGUUGGGAUUUGCGCAUUGGUCAUCUCCAUCGCCCUAGACCUUGUGGUCAGUUCUUCGGGCAGAAAAGACAGCGGCAGCACCAUGAACAUGAUACGUCGCGUGUUCGCAGAGGAAAAGGCGUUCGGUGUGAAAGACACCAUGGAUGAGUACAUAAAACGGCUCCGUAUGCACAUGCGAGAUCCUGCACGGGCUCUGGAAGAGACUCAACGCCUGGAGAAGCAGCUGAGCUUGGCGCUGACCACUCUAAGGAAUUCCAUGAUGAGGCAGGAGGAAGUAAGUGCCCAUGAGAUGAAGCAAUGGACGAAUGGCGCAGCGUUCCACGCGCAGAUGGUCAUCCACGAGGCACGGCUCAAGAUGGCGAGAUACGGAUCGAGAAAGAGUCAAGACGGAUACGAGUCAGAACUUAACAAUCACAUAACUACGAUCAGCACCAUGGUGCAUGAUUAUAAAAAAGACCUAAUGGAGCUGUUCAAGAGGUUCUACAGCAUAUCUCAUAUGAAUCUUUCUGAAGACUUUUUCAACUCAUUGUUCAUGAGAUUGGAGCAAUCAAAAGAGCUGAUUGAGUACUUCACCAGGCUGGAGACAAAUGCAAAAAGACUGAUAAUGCAACAUGAAUCUUUUAAGAUGCCUGGUCUGGCCUGAUGUACUGUUGUUUGAGAAGAUAACUAAACCUAUAAUGUAACUCAGUUAGAGGUACAAAUGAGUUAACAGUAAUAAAAAUCAUUUCAAUUCAUACAACGCUUUUGUCAAACACAAGGGCACUUUACAAGCAACGCUAAACGGAAACAACAUAAAGGUAUCUAUGAACAACAUUUAUCAAGUCAAUACAAUAGAUGAGCAGAAGAACCUGAACAUUAGAGAGGGAGAGAAAGGAUUAAGUUCCUUUGGUGUGUGUGAGAGUUUUUUAAUAAUGAUAAACCAAAAUGGUAAAAGAAAGGCAGACAAGCAAAAUAGUGGUAAACAUUUCUACAGCUUUACAAAAGAAAGUUAAAGAAUUUAAGGAAGCUGUUCAGAUUGUGUUUAGGUAUUUAGAUGAACAAAAUGGAAAAUGUGAUGUUUAUCAUUUAAAACUAUAUUUCAACAUUGCUCUACUCUAUGUUAAUGUAAAUGAAUGUAAAUUAAUAAAUGCUGCAAUGACA